UCACAAUCUGCUCAAGUACUCAACCCCCGCCGUCUCUAUAAAUACACCCACACACCAUCCUCCAUGUAUCUCAUCAAGUUUUCUCACAUUGCUUAUAAACAAAUCAAUCUUCUUCUCUCAUUGAAACAAUGGCUAUUAAGCAGAUCCUUCGUAGGUCUUUUUCAAGAGGGAAAGAAGGAGCUUCGAUGUCUACAAAGGUUCCAAAAGGGCAUUUCGCAGUGUAUGUAGGAGAAGAGCAAAAGAAGAGGUUUUUAGUACCUGUAUCAUGCUUGAACGCACCUGAGUUCCAAGAAUUGCUAAGCAUGGCUGAGGAAGAAUUUGGGUUUGAUCAUCUCAUGGGUGGUCUCACAAUUCCUUGCAGUGAAGAUAUCUUCAUCAAUCUUACUUCUCGCCUUGUACCAUAAUGUUUUUCCCAUCUGCACUUGAUCAUGAAGGUUCCAAUUAUACCAUGUCAAGAUCACAAAUGGUUCGACUUCAAAGCCUACGCAGUUGAAUGCAGGCACAAAUGUUACAACUUUGGAAAGAGUGAAAGUAACAGCCAGUUAAUUUGUUGUUUAAGCUCUAGGAGAUUUCAUGGUUGGAGCAUUUGUCUCAAGGGGAACAAAAAUUGUAAUUCUUCAUCUAAAGGAAGGUGGCAGAAACACCUCCAUUGAUCUGCUAGUAACAUCUAGCUCCCCAGCGAAGACAUAAUUACACAAUGCCAGAGCUGCCCCAAUAAUUCUCUUCAUUCUUUGAUCCGGAAAAUUGAAUUGUAACACAGAUAAUGUGAAUUGUAAAGUUUCAUUCAUUAAUUGGAAAAAAAAUAAUAUUGAAA